GCACUUGGUGCACUUGUCAGGGGCUGGCCCGGAUGCUUUACCUGUACACACAUUUCCAGGAACAACUCUCUGUUUUUACUUUGUUAGAAGACAAAGGUGCGGCACUUAGUUCUGCUCCUCGCUUCUCUGGUGCGACACGGAAUGCUGCUGUGACAAAAGUGAGUGGGAAGCCAUGUGUGAUUCUCCCAGCCAACUUGCUUGAGAUUCGCUGGGACAGCAACACACAAACAGAGCCUCACAGAAAGCAGAAACCUGACCGGGGGAGGGAUCUGAUCUCAUUACUGCUGACUUUUUUUCAUCUCCACUGGACAAAGGUUCAUACCUGGACACAAUAAAUUCCCCAUCUUUGCUAGAGUAAGGUAAUUUCUAUUGCCUUUCUGAUGGAUCGCUACCGCUACUUUAUUUUCAACCAGAGGAGCAUGGUGGUGUUGGGGAUCCUUCAGAUAGCAUGUGCUGGGAUUUCCAUUGUGUCUGGCUUCAUGGAUGGAGCAUUCAGAAGAGAAUCCACCCUUGGAAGAACUAGGGCUCCACUAUGGGCUGGGCUGAUUAUGACCAUACCUGGAGUUCUGGCUUUAUUUUCAUCACAGAAAAAAAACCCAGUUCUAGUUAAUGCACUUAUUGCUGCUUCGGUUUUUUCAUGUUUUACCACCCUGAUUGUUAUUGUUUAUGCUUCCCUGACACUUGGAUAUGGGGAGGACGAUGAUGACAUUUUUUCUUCGCCUCCACAUGUUAUUCAUGCAAGAUUUAUCCUGGGUAAGCUUGUUCAAGGUGCAAAUAUAGCAAUGUUGAUUGCAUCGGUCUCCAGCCUUUGCGUUGCUCUGUGCAUUGCAUACAUGGGUUGCAGAAGCCUGCCACAAUGCAUGUGCUAUGAUGAUAUUACUGGAAUGGACUGGUUACACCCUGAGGAUGAGCAGCCUCAGACUGUUGAACUUGUUUGCACUUUCAGAGGUGGGGAUGAACGGAUCUUCAACUCUGCUUCUCAGUUUACAGACUGCAACACGGAAACAGAAGAGGAGUUCUCUCGACCUCCACCAUAUGUUAGAUUUUCAUGAACUUAUUUUAUUCUUUUUAAAGCAUUCUGGCCUUGGGCACAAAAUGAAUGGAUUAGCCACUUUCUAAAGAGACUACUGGGAGUUAGCACAUUUUUUUUGGUACCAGAUCUCCUUUCUGGCCUUCCACAUUCAGAAGGUACUUACACAUGAUCAGCUGCUUUUCUUUUUUAAGUAAAUUGUCUGUUUUCCUGACCAUUUUUACUAUUUUGGAAUAAGAAGCAUGCCUUUUGUUUGUUGGAUUAGUUUGAAUUACCUUUUCUGGCCUCUUUCGCUUCAGGGCUUUUGUAAAUGCAUGGGUCAUAAAUGCAUAGCAUUGUUAUAGAAUAGCUCAAUACUGAACCCAAAAUACCAGCAAUGUGUGUUGCAGAAAUACAGAGGAAGGUUUGCUAGGACAAAUCUCACACCAUUCUACAAGUUCCCUGCCUUCCUGCCAUGUAGCACUGUACUUGCACACAUUGUCCUAAAAUUACAUAUUGGUCAGUUAAUGGCUUGUGGUCAGUGAGAAGUCUGAGAACAUUUCUAGGUGAUGAGCUGACAUCUAAAUAAUUGGUAAGAUUGUAUAUCCAUCCGUCCAUUUGAAAAAUAUUGCACAUUUUGUGUGUGUAAUACAACAAAUCUACCUCCUUCACAAGCAUGAACACUCCACACAAAAAAGGCUUCAGCCAAAUACAGUACAUUAAUGUUAAAUGUGAUGCACAGGUUUAAUAAUUUAAUGUGUGGUCUAAAGUUUUUAUUCAAUUAUGUUUUAUUGUUUUAAAUAAAUCAAUAAAAUGUGUUUUUUAAUAUAGAAUAUGCUGCUACUUCUAUGAUCCUCACAUGUGGAAAUCUGAACGUAUUUAAUCUUCUCAACCACUGUAUCCCAGGAUCAUUACCUACUCCCCUUAAAGAGAAUAUUCAGAAAAAAAAUAUAUAAAUCUAAUAUAAAAGGGGCAUGUGGGACAACCUACAUGUGCUCUGCAGUCACCCU